GCCGGCCAAAAUAAACGAGCUUUCCGAACUCUGCAAACCUAUCCAAACGCGUCCUAUUCGGCUAUUCCUAUUCGGCCCACAUAUCGGAUUCUAUUCCUAUUCGGCUAUUCCUAUUCUUAACUAAAGGUGAGUUAUUUUCAUUCUUCCCUUCUCCUAUUUAUUUAUGCAGCGUGUUCGUUAGCCCUAAUUUCAUUCUUCCCUUCUGCUAUUUAAACUUGCAUAAUAGAGUUAUUUUUUUUUUUCUUCUAAAAUCAACACUGAGGAAAAAGAAGAGGAUUCAAGCAUUAUGUGGAUCCGAGACCCAAGAGUUGUAUUCGGAUUAUCUGGAAGGAAAUCACACAUGAAAAUAUCACCCAUACAUGUUACUCUUCUGGUGGCCGCCCCUCAAUUGGAUAAUAAUCCCAAUCUUCUGAUUGUUCAGGAAAGCGGUAGUAGUAAAAGAGUGAGGACAAGCAUUGAGGUCUUUGCUGCUGACAGCAAUUUUGACAAUGGACUCGAAGUUUUGUUGUCCAAUAUCAGCGAAGACCUAUUGUCGGAGAUCCUUGUUAGACUCCCAAAUUGUCGAUUUGCUAUUCAGUUGAGCUCUGUCUGUCGGCGUUGGCAUUCAUUGAUCUCUCAACCCCGAUUCAUCCCUAGCUUCAUCCGCCUCCACCAAGAUCGAGAUCAAUCCUACACCAUUCUUUUCCGCAUGAAUUAUCGUUGUAUUCGUGACACCCCAGAGUAUUAUCAAUUGGUUUGCACUCUUUUCUCGGAGGAAUCUUUGCUUAUCCACGGAAAGCGUGCAUUAUUAUCACCGUCUAACUAUCUCGACUUCAUGCCUUCACUCAUGGUCGUAAGAGCAUCGUGCAAUGACUUGUUGCUUGUGUCCCCCGAUACGUUUUAUUUGGAUGGUCGUUUUCGCAACCACCAUCAGAGGUACUACAUUUGUAACCCGGUGACUAAAAAGUGGUUUCUCAUUCCUGGAGAAACCCCUCUUGGAACAAGGGCAGGGUUUGCAUUAAUAUGCAAUAAGAACUCUUACAAGGUGGUACUUCUCGACAAGUUUACUACGGUUGAUGCAAAAGGAAAAGAGUUUGUCGAUGCAUAUGGACAUACAGUGUCGGUGUUUUGCUCCGAGUCGGGGCAAUGGACCAGAUCUUUCUUCCUGUUUCCUCCUCGCCCAACAAGGGACUAUGCCAUUAUCACCAAUGUUGUUUCGUGCAAUGGGAUUCUGUACUGGAUGGACGGUUUAUAUAACCUCGACCGCAUUGUUUCUUUUGAUCUGGCCAAUAAUCGGUUUCCCGUAAUCUACUUCCCAGACAUUGUGCGUGACAACACCACCAAUGACACACCCGACUCGAGGGUCCACAUUGGUGCCGUGAGGGAUGAGUUGAGGUUGUUGCACAUUUUGAGGGCCGGGCCGGGCCGGAAAUGCUUUGUCAUGAGGGCUUGGGAAUUGGACCGUGGGGACGACAUGUGGGCGUUGGUUGGCGAGAGGGAGUUGAGCUUUCCGGAUGCCGUCACUGCAGAUGGUGACCGGGAUACUGUGGUGGCGGCCGUUUUUCAUCCAAAAGAUUAUGAUUCGAUUUUCGUCAUAUGUGGAAAGAGUGUUUAUGAGUGUGGGAUUUCCAAGGACACGUGUCGCAGGCUCGGCGAGCUUCCGGAAUCUGUAGGCGACGAGGGUCUUGCGUCCUUUGCUCUCUUGCAUCCACCUUGGCCGACCCCAAUUCCAUUCGGGGUUUAGUUUGGAGCUUGUGUUUGCUCUCGUUUUCAUUCAUUUUCCUUUUAUCGUUGCUUAUAUUUUGUUUUAUGUUUCAAUCAUAUUCGGAUGAAUAUUUAUUUACAUUAAAAAAAAAUCAAGUGAAAAAAAAAAUCUGGACAAAAUUCAAAANGUUAUUUAUUAUUAUUAUGAUAUGAUUUUGUUUUUUCAAAGUUUACUCCCAUGAUAUGGAAAAUGUUGCUACAUUUGUUUAUUUAGGCAAAUGACACCAAAACCAACUUUUAA